UCCAAGACUAGAGAGGAUAAAAGCAAUCAGGGCGCUGAUAGUCCAUACCAAACCCUCACCUUCAGCCCACCGAUGAAGACGGAAUCAAAUUCGGCGGCCACCAGCGACGGUGUCUUCUCUAUGAAUCGAAAUUUCAGAACGGUCCCCUUCUCGACGCAGAUAUCGGGGCGGAGAGUUGGGGAUCCGGGUCCAAUUAGGGUUGGGCUUGGGUGAGACGGUGCUGUGGAGAGACUCAAGGAUGCAGCAGAGGGCGGAGGCGGGGAGGUCGGAAACGUUUUUGUCUGGUCAGUCAAUGUCAGAGAUGACAGAGAGAGUAGACUAAGAGCGAAAAGAGAGAAGACCAGUAGAGAGAGAGAGAAAAUAGAAAAAGUAAAGUCAGGCUUGCUACAGUCUUCUGGACCAUUGGAUCUAACAAUCACACAUGUCAUCAUCUCCUUCGAAGCUUAAAGCUUAGGUAGCUCAGCAGUGAACUUAGAUUAAGGAAGGAGAGAGGAUCCACUCUCCCUACUUUUAGGACCCAUAUUGUUGUGAAAAGCCUUUUCUCUUUUCUUUUUGUAAUUUCUAAGUUUCUCAUAUGUUGGAAAUGAUAAGAAACUCCACUCAGUAGAGUGAUCCUCAUUUGUUUAAUCGACCCCAAAAGAGAUUAGAGCCUAUAAAUCAUGGGAACCCAUCUAAUCCAAAAUCAUCAAGUGCUUGCUUUUGAUUUUUACAGCUGCAGAAGACAGGCUUGGAUUAACAGCUUAAGCUCUUCACCAUUAUUUGAGGGCCUUUGAGCUUCUUAAGUUGUAAACAUGGCAUUGGCUUCUUCUGUUAAAGUGGUUCUAGGCUCAAUUGCCUUUGCAACAUUCUGGAUAUUGGCGGUGUUUCCGGCUGUCCCUUUUCUGCCAAUUGGGAGGACUGCAGGGUCUCUUUUAGGAGCAAUGCUGAUGGUUCUGUUCCGAGUCCUAACUCCGGAUCAAGCCUACGCUGCAAUUGAUCUCCCAAUCCUUGGCCUUUUGUUUGGGACAAUGGUUGUGAGUAUCUAUCUUGAAAGAGCAGAUAUGUUCAAGUAUUUGGGCAAGUUGCUCUUGUGGAAAAGCAAAGGAGCAAAGGACUUGAUAUGUAGAGUCUGUUUGAUUUCUGCCAUUUCAAGUGCUCUUUUCACCAAUGACACCUCUUGUGUGGUUUUGACUGAGUUUGUACUAAAAGUUGCAAGACAACACAACUUACCGCCUCAUCCAUUCCUGCUUGCACUUGCCUCAAGUGCAAAUAUUGGGUCUGCAGCAACCCCAAUCGGCAAUCCUCAGAACCUGGUCAUAGCUGUUCAGAGUAAAAUUCCUUUUGGAAAGUUUGUUUUAGGAAUUUUGCCUGCAAUGCUUGUAGGAGUUUGUGUGAAUGCUUUGCUUCUUUUGUGUAUGUUCUGGAAGUUGUUGUCUAUCCAGAAGGAUGUGGAAGACGCAACUGGAGAGGUUGUCGGGGAGGAGGAUAUGAUUUCUCACCGGUUUUCACCAGCCACACUGUCACAUAGUGCAUCCUUCAACUCUCAGGAGCUGAACUCCAGACUAGAAGCCAAGAGUGGGCUAAGUUCUCCAGUUGUUGAGAACCUUAGGAACCGUGUGCCUUCAGCUGAGACUGAGAUCCAGAGGGUUUAUAGUGCUGGUGCUUUUGAGUCUGCAAGAAAUUCAAGUGCAUCAAAGAUUGAGGAGACAAAUGAUGUGGCUUCCCAGAAAAAGGAGGAACCAGUUGCUCUGAAAAUGACUAGAUCAAAGGAAAAACUUGGAGAUAAUUGUACUACUACAGAUCAGUCUAGGGAAGGAAAGGAAAAUUUGACCACAAAAUGGAGAAGGAUGUUUUGGAAAUCUGGCGUUUAUUUUGUUACGAUAGGAAUGUUGGUUGCGCUUCUUAUGGGCCUGAACAUGUCAUGGUGCGCAAUUACUGCUGCACUUGCUCUAGUUGUUCUUGAUUUCAAGGAUGCUUGGCCAAGCCUAGAAAAGGUAUCCUAUUCACUUUUAAUUUUCUUCUGUGGUAUGUUUAUAACUGUGGAUGGCUUCAACAAAACCGGCAUUCCAAGCACUCUUUGGGACUUCAUGGAGCCCCAUGCGAAAAUUGAUCAUGUUAGCGGAAUAGCAGCUCUUGCUGUUACCAUACUUGUACUAUCAAACGUGGCUUCAAACGUGCCAACUGUUCUCUUGCUUGGAGGACGAGUGGCAGCAUCCGCGGCUUUAAUAUCAGCAGCAGAUGAGAAGAAGGCAUGGCUGCUUCUAGCUUGGGUGAGUACCGUGGCCGGGAACCUCUCGCUAUUGGGAUCAGCAGCCAACUUGAUAGUAUGUGAGCAGGCUCGCCAAGCCCCACACCUUGCAUACAAUUUGUCAUUCUGGAGCCAUCUCAAAUUUGGGGUGCCCUCCACUAUUAUUGUCACUGCUAUUGGUUUGACACUGAUUAGAUGAUAUUGGUGGUAAUACAAUAAUGAUUCUGUGAAUUUUAUGCCCAAAGACGAAGAUCAAUGUCAGUUACACCGGAAAGUGAUGUGUUUCUUUGAAUGUGUAUAGUGUCUUCACUGUUUUGAUUCAGAGAAGUAAGUCAAAAUUAUGUAUAUGGAUUUCUGAACUCUGAAGGCAGGGAAAUGAUUUGGGCCUUCAACCCAAACUGAGAGAGGUGUACUUCACCUUAAGGUCACAUCAUUUGGAAACAAACAAAAUGCUAGCUUCA